CCGGGCGCGCCAUAAAGCGGAGCGCGGGGCGGCGCGGCGGCAGCGCUCGCUGGGGAGCUCCGGCGGCAGCGGCGGCCACCAGCCACCAGCGGCGGGGACUCCGGCGGGGACCGCUCCUUGCACGUCGCGCCCCUGCGCCGAGCACCGAGCCGCAGCCCGGCGCCCCCAUGACUCUGAACCGCGGCGACAAGCUGCGCUGCCUGGACAAGCGGCGCGGCAGCAUGCCCUUCGCGGCGCACCAGCACCAGCACCUGCACCGGCGCAGCAUGCCGGUGGACGAGCGGGACCUGCGGGCGGCCCUGCCGCAGGGCGAGCUCUCGGGGCUGGUGCGCUGCACCUCGUACAGCCCCGGCGAGGCGCACCGCGAGAGCUGGGCCUCCGACUCCUCCGACUCGGUCAUCUCCUCGGGCAGCGACUCGGACGGCCGCCUCUACAAGGUGAUCCUGCUGGGCGAGCACGGCGUCGGCAAGACCAGCCUGGCCCGCAUCUUCGGCGGCGUCGAGGACUGCGCGGACGCGGAGGAGGCCGGGAACACGUACGACAGGUCCAUCGUCGUCGAUGGGGAGGAAGCGUCUCUCGUGGUGUUCGACAUAUGGGAGCAGGAUGAUAGUCAAUGGCUUCAGAAUCACUGUAUGAAGAUGGGAGAUGCUUAUAUUAUUGUAUAUUCAGUGACAGACAAAGUUAGCUUUGAAAAAGCUUCUGAGCUAAGAAUCCAACUACGAAGAGCGAGACAAACAGAAGACAUUCCUAUUAUUCUUGUAGGCAAUAAGAGUGACCUGGUCCGAUCCCGGGAGGUCUCAGUUGAUGAGGGACGGGCCUGUGCUGUGGUAUUUGACUGCAAGUUCAUUGAGACUUCAGCUGCUCUUCACCAUAACGUCAAGGACCUGUUUGAAGGUAUUGUUCGGCAAAUUAGACUGCGCAAAGACAGUAAAGAAGACAAUGCAAGGAGAAUGGCCAACACAAAAAGAAGAGAAAGCAUAGGCAAAAAGGCCAAGCGAUUCCUUGGGAGAAUUGUAGCAAAGAACAACAAGAAGAUGGCUUUCAAAGCAAAAUCAAAAUCUUGCCAUGACUUAUCUGUGCUUUAGAAGCUUUCAGCAAAGCCAGAUGUUGCACGUGGCUGCUGAACAAGCAUUUGACUGUUUUGAGAAGUGUAUGGAUGAUCCUCGUGGUGAUAAAAAGACUGACUAUCCACUGAGACUCUUUAAUGCCUUAAGGUGCACAAGCAAGACCGGAAGUUGCAUUACAGUGUCUGCUUCAUUGAUAAAUGGUUUAAGUUUCAAUAUGUGCAAGUAAAUGAACUAGCUAAUAAGUGGCUUCACAUGCCCACACUUUCACUGUGUACAUAAAAUAUGUCCUCUUGUUCUGUGGAUACCAGAGAUGCAAAGAUAAGAAAGGAUGAUGAUAGAAAAUGAAGUAUCACCACAGACUCUUCUCGUUUGCAGAGCAAAACUUGAAAAUUGUACGCAGGCUCGUACACUCUUUUUAGUAUAAAGCAAGCAAUGUUAAAUCUUUUUAAAAUUAAAUGUGGGGUUGGGGGAGUAGAACCACAUUAGAAUGGGAGAAAGCAAAUUAUAGAGAGAGUUAAAUACAGAAUAAAUAUCCUUUUAUGAAGUUAAUUUGCACUUCCAUUAACUGUUAUUCAAUUAAUUUGUUACUUGUUUACAGGCAGAUUUUAUAAUAAAGUAUUAUUUCCUGUUAUAAUAAACUGUGCUUUUCUCAUAGCAUAGAUAAAGAAAGAGCAGUAUUUUUAUACUGGCAUUUUUUCACUGUACAAAAAGUUAUACACAGACUUCAAUUAUCUAUGCAGACUUGCACAUGAUAAAUAUCUGGAAUGAAAUCAAUCAGGAAUACUCUGUGUCCACUCCUUUGUAGAUAGCUUUCCAGAGAUAGACUCUACUUUUACUAUCUUGAUGAAUAUUCUACUUGGGAAGUGGAGCAGGAGCUGGACCUUUUUUAUUGUUUAUCUUCAGCCUGGUUCUCAGUUCAGCUCUAGCAGGAACAGGCCUCUGUAUAACGCCUUUAGCUAGAUAGAAGUCUUAUGUCUAGUUACAUUGAUAAAUAGAAGCCUAUCAUGAUCUACUAAAGUCCUCUCCUGCCUUGAAGGUUCUGUGUUAUAGUCAAUAAGCAAAUGGCUUUUUUUCUUCUUUUCUGCUGACAGUAUAAUUCCCUCAUCUAUUCACAAGUCUGUAGAUACAUUUCAGUGAUUUCAAGAAGAUCAAACCAGCUUGGCAAGGCUGUUUGAAAGAGGUGGAGGUAGAUGCUCCAGUGUAUAGUGUGGCCUUCGGUGCUGUUAUGGUUUUCAUACUCAUUUUGCUCUGUUCAAAUUAAUGCAUUUCCAUAAUUUUUCCCUGUUUGCUCUUCAUGAAGUUAAAAUGCUUAGCUAGCAAUCAUGUCUCAGUGAAACAUUUGGACUUGCUACAUUUGCUUUGUAAAUUCCUCUUCAUAGGAUAUAUUCUCUCAAAUUCUUCCAAAAACUCAGUUCCCACAGUCAAUAAAACAUACGCUCCUGUGUCUCUCUCUACUCUCCUUGGCUGAGUCUAGCUGCUGAGAGAGACUGUCAAGCUGUGUGCGAACACUUUUUGCCCAUGGUUUUAUAGUGGCUGAUCUUUCCCAUACAGCAGAUCGAUUGCAUCAUCUGUCAUACCUUAGAGCAGGCUUCCACGAGCUCAAACUCCUCUCCGCUGGGCUAGUCCAGUGCUUGGGUGCUCAUCAGGGAACAGAUAGUACCGUGGGAAAGGGCAUCAGGCUUGUGCAGGUAAUGCUCUCUGCUUUGAGUCUAUAGAACUAGUGCUGUGCUGCUUGUGGAGCUCUUUGGUUAGAUGCACAGCCAAUCCCUUUAGCAUGUGUUGCUGUUAUAUACAGGACACAUCAGUUUUCCUAUGAAGAGGGGUGUUUACUUUGUGCCCUGGGUGAAGUCUAAAAUGAGUAGUUCUGUCCCACUGCUAAAGCUUCCACUUAUCUGAUGAUACAUCAUAAUUGAACCUGGCUUUUUUCACCAGUCUUGAUUCCUGACAAACUAUUUUCAGUGGGACAUCUAACCACUGUCAGAGUAUGGCACACGGCAUCCAUUUACACUGAAGCUUUGACUGUUAACACAAAAGCAAUGCUCUAGUGCAGAAAAAUCUGCAGCAAAAAUGUCCAAAUUCAGGUGCAUAAAUGUGGCAUGAAUCUAUUCAUGCUCGUGCUAAAGUUAAUGACAAAACUACAAUGUCAUUUCCUGUGUGUUUGCAAAGCUUUUGUCUUUUGUUUGCUUUACGCUUUCAGAAUAGAGGCCAGUAGAGGACUGACAUGUUUGAUUUGAUAUGUAAGAUUUAACUGCUGAAUUCUGCCCAUAAUAAAUGCAAGGAAUGUGAUGCAAGCCCAGAGUUUAAGAUGCAGCUUUUCACAAAGUGCUGAGCGUCACGAAGAUGUAUCACACUUGAUGCUGCAACACAAAUGCAGCCGCAAAGCCUCUUCAAGGUCAUGGUUAACAGCUGUGCUUUUGCAUACUCUGACCUACAAAUCAGAUGUUUUCCUGUGUUCAUGAAUUCAAAAGAUUAGGUUUGGACAACUCUUAAGCCUGAAAUAUUCAUGAUGGGCUCUAGCACAUUGCUAGAGGUUAUUUUAAACUGUGGAAAAUAAUUUGUAUUUUCAAAGUAUGUCAUAUAGGACACUAUGAGACAAACUGUGAGUCACUCUAAAAAAAACCUGGGUUGAUCUAUAAUGUAUUCUUUCAAUAAAUAUUGAACAAUAAAAUACUUAUUCAAAUCAUCA